AGGGCGGGGCGGGGCAGGGCGUCGUGCUAAUUCUCGAUGCAGUCUCCAUGCAAAUAAUGGGUUGUUAUUAACAAUGAUCCUCCCUGCGAAAUCCUCGAAUUGCCCCUUGACUCCCAGCAGCGAGAUGCGAGCCCUUAUUCGCUGAGCUGGCGCCUCCCCCUCCGCCCUGUUACUCCCGGCUCGGGAAAUUACAACUCCUGGGCGCGCGGCGCGGCGGGCGCGGGAGGUGGCGGGGCAGGGAGGGGAUUCCCGAGCCAGCGGGCGCUCGCCCCCCGCCCGCCGCCGCAGCGUCGCGCGGCCAAGGUCAGGGGCGCCGCAGGAGCAGCCGCUUCGAGCUAGGGACGAGGGUCAACGCCGGCCGCGGGGAGGUAGCCCCGGGAGCAGCUGGCCGGUCCGCAGCUGAGGGGCUGCCGAGGUGGCCCGGCACAGCGGACCCGGCGGGCGAGCCCGCGUUGCGCACGCGGGAGCUGGGACCCCACGGUCACUGUCCGCUGGCAGCCGCUGUCCGCCACCUCGUAGUGCUGAACCAGCCCGGGCGGAGCGGCCUGCGCUCGCGCCCGAUAGGGGCGGGGCCGGGGCAGAAGGACGACUCGGGACAGCCGCCCCGCGGAGCCAGGAGCUGAAACGGAGCUGGCCAACCGCAGCCGACCGCUGGUCCGGUGUACAGAGGAGGCGCGCGGCAGCCGACGGAGGCGCUGCUGAUUCAUCUCCUGGAGCUCCUUGCAGACCACCGCGAGAGCAGCCAGCAACCUCUGGACUCUGGCCGCAGGCUGAAGGAGCUGGUUCAGGAGCCUUGUGGGUAGGAGGUGAGGACCCCUCCCUUCCAUAGCCCCCAGGAGUCUUAGGGCGUUGGCCGCAGGACCGAGAGGGGCGUGCCCCAGUUUGUGAAGGAGGCAAACCCGUGUGAUGCCCAGGCCUUCCGUCUCACCGGCGCUGACCACACUCGGCCCCCGCCGCCCGUUUCCGAAGCUUUGGCCAUUCCUCCCCGGCCGCAAGCAGCUCAGGCUGCGGGAGCGGCGAUGGAGGAGGAGCUGAAGUGCCCGGUGUGCGGUUCCCUGUUUCGCGAGCCCAUCAUCCUGCCCUGUUCCCAUAAUGUCUGCCUCCCGUGCGCUCGCACCAUUGCUGUGCAGACCCCGGACGGCGAGCAGCACCUGUCCCCACCGCUCCUGCUUUCCCGGGGUGGAGCCGCCGCCGCGCCCCCUCCGGAUCAAGACACUGCAGCCGGCGCGGCCUGCGGCGGCGGCGCGAGCGCAAACGCUGCGGGCGGCCUGGGCGGCGGAGCGGCAGGUGGCGGGGACCACGCAGACAAGCUGAGCUUGUACAGCGAGACGGACAGCGGCUAUGGCUCCUACACCCCGAGCCUCAAGUCCCCCAACGGGGUCCGCGUACUACCCAUGGUGCCGGCGCCCCCCGGCUCCUCCGCCGCGGCUGCCCGAGGUGCCGCCUGCUCCUCCCUGUCGUCCUCCUCCAGUUCCAUCACGUGCCCGCAGUGCCACCGCAGCGCCUCCCUGGACCACCGCGGCCUGCGCGGCUUUCAGCGCAACCGACUACUGGAAGCCAUCGUGCAGCGGUACCAACAGGGACGCGGGACCGCGCCGGGGGCGUCUGCAGCCCCGGCGGUGGCCGUCUGCCAGCUGUGUGACCGCACCCCGCCGGAGCCGGCAGCCGCGCUCUGCGAGCAGUGCGACGUGCUCUACUGCGCCGCCUGCCAGCUCAAGUGCCACCCUUCCCGGGGCCCCUUCGCCAAGCAUCGCCUGGUGCAGCCACCGCCACCGCCCGCGCCACCUGAGGCGGCAGCGGCUCCGCCCAGCGUCGCCGCGACCCCCAGCACCGGCAGCGGCUGCAAAAGUCCAGGGGGCGCUGGGGCCAGCGCGGCCCGGAAGUUUCCCACGUGUCCGGAACAUGACAUGGAGAACUACAGCAUGUACUGCGUGAGCUGCCGGAGCCCGGUGUGCUACCUGUGUCUAGAAGAGGGCCGGCAUGGCAAGCAUGAGGUGAAGCCGCUGGGGGCCACGUGGAAACAGCACAAGGCCCAGCUCUCUCAGGCCUUAAACGGGGUUUCGGAUAAGGCCAAGGAGGCGAAGGAGUUUCUGGUCCAGCUCAAGAACAUCCUGCAGCAGAUCCAGGAAAAUGGGCUGGACUACGAGGCCUGCCUGGUGGCUCAGUGUGACGCCCUGGUGGAGGCUCUGACGCGGCAGAAAGCCAAGUUGCUCACCAAGGUGACAAAAGAGAGGGAGCACAAGUUGAAGAUGGUUUGGGACCAGAUCAACCACUGCACGCUGAAGCUGCGCCAGUCCACAGGGCUGAUGGAGUACUGCCUGGAGGUGAUGAAGGAGAACGACCCCUCUGGGUUCCUCCAGAUCUCCGAUGCUCUGAUCAAGCGCGUGCAGUUGUCCCAGGAGCAGUGGGUCAAAGGUGCCCUGGAGCCAAAAGUGUCUGCAGAGUUUGACUUGACCCUGGACAGCGAGCCGCUGCUGCAGGCCAUCCACCAGCUGGACUUCAUUCAGAUGAAAUGUAGGGUGCCACCCGUCCCUCUGCUGCAACUGGAGAAGUGCUGCACUCGGAACAACAGUGUCACCCUGGCUUGGAGGACGCCGCCCUUCACCCACAGCCCUGUGGAUGGCUACAUCCUGGAGCUGGACGACGGGGACGGGGGGCAGUUCCGGGAAGUGUAUGUGGGCAAGGAGACCCUGUGCACCAUUGAUGGGCUACACUUCAAUAGCACCUACAACGCCAGAGUCAAGGCCUUCAGCAGUGCCGGCCUCGGGCCCUACAGUAAAACCGUGGUCCUGCAGACGUCCGAUGUGGCCUGGUUCACAUUUGACCCCAAUUCUGGGCACCGGGACAUCAUUUUAUCCAAUGACAACCAGACAGCCACCUGCAGCAGCUAUGAUGACCGGGUGGUGCUGGGCACAGCCGCCUUCUCCAAGGGAGCGCACUACUGGGAGCUGCAUGUGGACCGCUAUGACAACCACCCAGACCCCGCCUUUGGGGUGGCCAGGGCCAGUGUGGCCAAGGACAUGAUGCUGGGCAAGGACGACAGGGCCUGGGCCAUGUAUGUGGACAACCACCGCAGCUGGUUCAUGCACUGCAACUCCCACACCAACAGGACGGAAGGCGGAGUGUGCAAGGGGGCCACAGUGGGCGUGCUGCUGGACCUGAAUAAGCACACCCUGACCUUCUUCAUCAAUGGGCAGCAGCAGGGACCCACGGCCUUCAGCCACGUGGAUGGAGUCUUCAUGCCAGCCCUCAGCCUAAACCGCAAUGUUCAGGUCACCUUGCACACAGGACUGGAAGUGCCAACCAACCUGGGGCGGCCAAAGCUGUCAGGCAACUAGCCUGGCAACUCCGGCUGACCAGCAACUGUGCUGAGACACCUGCAGACCAAGUGCACUCUGUCCCCACUAAGCUCACAUAGCUCAGCAGGCACAACAGGCAAGCCCUGGGCAUAGCCAGCCGGGAACAAACAUCUGGAGCCCGCUUCUUCAGGGGAUGGGAUUGGUCUGCAGGCCACAUGGUGGCUGCCAACGUCAGUGGUUAACAGGGCAGGGCUUCACCUUCAUCUACUCAGUGUUAGAGAUUCUCCACCCAGGACUUUCCAAGAAUGGAGGCCUUCAGGGUUCAUGUGUAUGUUUCCUGCCAUCUGUUUGCAACAUUUGUUUGGUUUUGAAUGGAAAGAGGAAGGCUGGCUUUGAGACUUGUGUCCUGAGAGGAGCCAGGGAGCUACUGCGCCAGCCCAGGCCUGGGUGCUGGCUCUCUCUGCCUCUGCUCUUGCCUGAGUCCUGAACUGGCAGGGGCACAUGUCUUCUGAGAGAAGUUGCUCUUUAGCAUUUGGUCCUAGAAUUUUGCAGACCUGAUUUGGGACUGACUGACAGGGACACUGAUCCUUAACGCUUGAUUUCUGCCUCUCACUGAACUGCUGCGGACUUUGGAAAGAACCCCCUGGCCUCUCCUGAGCAACUGGCUGUGCUCUGUCUCACCCCACACAUGCCGCACGCACGGCAUGCACACGCACAGCACGCACACACAUGGUGCACACACACAGACGUGAGCAGUGCUAUGAGGUUUCAUUCACUCAGUUCUUGGCUCUGCAAUUCUAAUGACUGACCUGUCUUCACCCUGUGGUGGCUCUUUUUGGAACCGGCUUCCCAAGAAGUUACUGGAAAUGUGUCCAAGGGGCUCUUCUGAGCUGGCCACUUGGACUGGAAAGCACAGAAGCUGGAGGCCUGGCAAGGCCGCCUGGUCAUCUACCCUUUGUUUUGAGACCCACCCCACUGCCAUCGUUGAAGUGUAAUGGAAAACAGAAGUGGCCCGAUGGCAGGCAGAGAUGGCUCUGCUGUGACAGGGGCCUCCAAGAAGUCCAGAACAGAAGGCUUAGUCUGCACCUUGUCCCCUCCCUCGUGAACCAUGAUCCAGGGCGUGCUCCAGGGCCCUGUACCCACAGAACCUAUCCCCACUUCUUCCCUAUCUCCUGCCCUUGCCAGCCCCACCUGGUGGUCACCUGACUCUCUCCUUUUUAAAAAAUUUAUUUUGUCAAGCAUUUUAUUUUGACAUGAAGAUUGACUUGUCCACUUGCUGGAUCGAAUUUUCAUGAGACUGGCCCAUACACCGGCACCAACUGUGCUUUCUCAUCUGCCUUUGUGUUCAGACCCUGCGCCUGCCUCCUGAGUACCCACUGCCAGGCUAUGUGGAUCCAACAGUCCUACCUCAAAGCUCUUGCUCAUGGGCCGCAGGACCGCCUGGCCUGCCGUGCUGCCAUUUGGCCGCGGAGGCCAGCUGCAUGGUGCCCUCAAGAGCUGCUUGGUGCUGUUCCAGCUUCCAUGUGGCUUGCAGCCACCCUUUGUGGAGGCCUGGGUCUGGCCUCCUCUCUCUCUUCCUGGAGUGCUUUCUGGCUCUGCUUCUCCUGGGCCAGAGCCCCAUCCAGAGCCUUGAGGCAACGCACAAGUCCUGAGCUCUGUGUCCAAGGCUGCUCAGCUGCCUCCCAGCCUCCACUUUCCUUCAGAGUUGGCUGUGGACAUAGAUAGCCCUGGUGGCCCCAGCGUGGAGCUUGGGGCAGGUGCCUAAGACUAAAGAACGCAGAGAAGCGCAGCCUUCCUGGGUUUAACACCUCAGGGGGGCCUGCAGCCAGGUCAGGGGAGAUGUGAAAAUGCAGAAUGGCAUGCCCACACCUGCAGGUGGCCCGCUCCUAACACUGAAGAAGGAACUUAUCGAUUCAUCAAGGUGGGAAGGUCUGGCAUUUGGGAAGAAAGGACAGGUGGUGGGAUUCUCUUCUGCCAUUGAAUUUCCUACUAUCUUGCAAUGCGGUGACAUUCCUGUAUGUAAAUGGCAUCAAGAGAAGGCUGGGCUGGGCAAGCCAAUCUGUGGAGCAGCCUAUGACAUGGAAUGAGGCAGUCUGUAUGCCUUUCCUCUCACAGGCGUCCAUCAGCACUUCACCUUACAGAGCAUCCUGGCUCCUGCUUCAAGGCGACGGAAGGCCAUAUUCCACGCCACCUUUCUCCCAUCCCAGCCUUCUUUCCUGCCCUAAGCACUAUGUAUCCAUAUGUUUGGCUGCAUUUCCAGCGCUAUGCUCACCAGCCCCACCUUCAAGUCUAGAAGGAAAAGCUCUUUCUUUUUCCUUGGUCACAUGUUACCAGAAGCAACAGGGACUUCUUAAUGGGUCAGUGGCUUUAAAAAAAUAUCUAAUAGAUGUUAUCAGGAGACAAAUAUUGGAGUCUGUGCGGAUCCUGGGAAAUCUCAGGAUUUUCCUUUUGCAGUUGAGCCUGCAGCUGUUGUUGCUGAUGGUCUUCUUCAGCAGGUCUUCCUGGCACCUUUAGGUUGAUGGGCUGCAGAAAGACUGGUGGGCUUGGGGCAGGAUGCAUGGCUCAGACACAACUGCAGCCCUCAGAUGCUCAUUUCUCUUGACCUGACUUUUGAUAUUGGUUUAUGGCAUGGGUGGGGGCAAAUCUCUUAUCUUUCGUACCUCAGAAUCCCCGCCUGAAAAUGGGACUGGUCAUGAUACCCUACCUCCUCUGCUGUGCUGAGGAUAAUGGAGGAGUACCUUUUAAAGGACGUGCAGUCUCACCUCUGCAGCCUGGGCUAAUGGCCCACAUUCGACGGACCAAACCUGGGUGGUGAUUUUCCAGCAUUCUCCGACUUCAGUGUCUUCCACCCACGCCUCCUUGUGACAGGGUUAAGUACUGGUCACACAGCUACCUGGCCUGGGGAGGGUAAGAGGCAUGCAGGACAGAUUUCCUGUGACCAGACUGUUAGUGGUUCUCUGCUCAAGGCCAUGAGCAAUCUCCAGGUUAGUGCUGCAGGCAGGCGGAAGCCCCCUUAGGCCAGGAAGGCCACAGCCUGGCUUCCUGCCUCCUCGGUGUCGAGGUCUGUGAGCAGGGCCAACCCACUGCAUCUCCUCUGUCUCCAGUGCUCGGCAUAGAGUGGCUUUGCGGCCACGGGACGGUGUGAUGCAGUGCAGCUGCACUGGGGCCACGGCUGCAUGGGCUAGAAGAAGAGCUGACUGGACACGGGUUGCUUUCAGACCCCUGCAGAUGGCUGGAACUGCAUUGGCCUGAGCUAUAUGACUAAGUGGGGGACAGGGAGGUCCCCAACUUUCCUAUGAAUGAUAUUGACUCCAGGUAAGUCUCAUCUGAAUGCGACAUUCUUCUCUCAAGGGCGCAGCUCAUGGAGGGCAUAGCUGCUAAUCUAGUCCUGGGGAGGCCCAGGAGCUUGUGGCAGCAAGACAGGCCCUGAGGAGAGGCCAGAGACAGACUUCAGGGUGGAAAAGGGGCCGCUGGCGGCUGUGGAAGGGGACGCGGGGCCAGUACAGGCCAGCCUUUCAGCACCCCGUCCGUGGGCUAGACUCCCGAGCCCUGCUUGCUCAGCACUGAGAGGAGGGGCAGGCGAAGCGGACACGCAAUGCAUGAUGUAGAGGUGCUGCCUUUGCACCGAGCUGUCUGUUGAGCAUGAGAGGUGUUUGUUUGACUUUGGCAAAGGAAUUUAACAAGAAGCAAAAAGCUGUGUGUCCUUGUUUUGGCUGUCGACAGAACUUCCAUUCCCUGCCUGUCCUUGCCCCACUCCCUACUCCCCAACUCCACAUCACUUUCUGUCCCUACUCUGCUCCCCCACUCCACAUCACUUUCUAUCCCCAGGGGUUGGUGUCUGGUGGCAGCUCUUGGUCCUGUGGCUGUUCACGUUCCACUGAAAACAGGGAGGGUGGGCAGUGGCAAGAAAAGUGAUUUUUUCUAGUUUUUGUAUUGGUAUCCACAAGCGUUUGUAUUUUUUGAAUUGCAAACACUGUGUUUUCUGGUCUUUGGGGGUUGGUUGGAAUUUCUGUAUUACCUUUUGGGAAACUUGAGUUUUACCACAGUCUUAAGCAGAUUUGAAAUAAAUUCUUUUGACACUGCCAA